AUGGAUUUAGUGCACCGAAGUUUGAGGACCUCCAAUGCAUCAGGUGACGCGAACGAGACCAGCACAUUGAGACCGCCACCACAUUCCCAAUGUAUUGCCAUUCUUAUCAUCAUCGUGGUGGCUGUCAUCAUUUUGUUGACAAUAGUUGGGAAUGCCCUGGUUGUUGUGGCAGUGUUCACAAGUCGUGCACUCCGAGCUCCCCAAAACCUGUUCUUAGUUUCUUUAGCCUCUGCUGAUAUUUUGGUUGCCACCUUGGUCAUCCCUUUCUCUCUUGCUAACGAGGUCAUGGGAUAUUGGUAUUUUGGCAGUACCUGGUGUGCGCUAUACCUUGCCUUGGACGUGCUCUUCUGCACGUCGUCCAUCAUCCACCUUUGCGCCAUAAGUUUGGACAGGUACUGGUCCGUCACCAAAGCGGUGAGUUAUAAUCUGAAGAGGACUCCAAGGCGAAUUAAGUUGAUGAUCACCGUGGUGUGGAUCAUAUCUGCAGUCAUAUCUUUCCCACCCCUAAUAAUGACAGAACACAACGAGAUGGAAUGUUUGAUUAAUAAUGAAACUUGGUACAUACUUUCAUCUUGCGUUGUCUCCUUCUUCGCACCUGGUCUGAUUAUGAUUUUGGUGUACUGCAAAAUAUAUAGGGUUGCCAAGCAACGAGCUGCCACUGUGUUUGUGGCCAAAAACUGCAUGGAGAGGCAGCCUUCCCAAUCCGAAACAUUCUUCGAGAGACAGGGCAAACUCGAGGAGGAGGAUCCCAGUCUGCGCAACAAAUUCGGCGACGAGCGCAAAGGGGAACUGGAAGGUAUUGAUCUGGAAGAGCAUUGUGUUCCUGACAACAAACCUAAAACUUUUAGUUUUUCAAGCAGAAGAAAAGUAGAAGGAGCCAACGCCUGCCCAAAGAAAAACGGCCGUAUGUCGUGGGCAUCACGGCGCACCUCGCAGUUUUGGCAAGAACCAAAAGCCAGGCAGCUCUCCAUUUCAAAGGCGAAAAUUGCGCAGAUGCGAGAGAAGCGUUUUACUUUCGUCCUGGCCGUGGUCAUGGGUGUAUUUGUGCUUUGUUGGUUUCCCUUUUUCUUCACUUACAGCCUGCAUGCAAUUUGCAGAGAAAGCUGCACCAUUCCAGACUCUCUUUUCACAUUGUUUUUCUGGAUCGGCUACUGUAACAGUUCAGUGAACCCCAUUAUCUACACCAUUUUUAACCACGACUUCAGAAAAGCCUUUAAAAAGAUAAUGUGCCAUAGACGGAGAGGGCAGUAAUGUGUUGGCUUUUAACUUUUUCAUUUUCACUGAAAAGAGUCCUGGGUUUGGUUGUUCCCAGAGUAACCCCAUUGAUUCCUUCCACCCAUUAAACAAAUGAAUGGCAUUUUAACUUUUGACACACAGAUCAGUAUAUUGGUUAAGUAAAUCAUUCUAUCAAAAUGUGGGCAUAUAACUAUUCUUACAGGGUUUUUCUGACCAGUGUGUCACCAUUUGACAUAGACUGAUCUGAUGUGUGAGAUCAAAGACCAUUGUACAGUAUGGAGAGGACUGAUCCAUUGUGUCUUGUUGAAAUGGUGAACUUAAUGUGGCCCCCAUCUUUUUUAUGACGCCUCAUCCGAUUCCUAUUGCUCAUGUUGUGAGUGAGAUAUAAAGGCCUGCUGCACAGGGUUUUUUUAUGUCCUGGGCUGGGAAGCGGAUAUUUUCAGCAUCAGCUAUUAGCGUCUCUCAAGCAUUAGAUAGAUGCUGCCUGCUACAGUACGCCAUUCACUAAGUGUUCAUUCAACACAUUAGGCUAUGUGACUCAUUGUCCAGUCAGUGCACUUAAGCAGAUUGUUCUCACCCUUGCUCCCAUGGAUGCAGGAAAAGCAUAACAAAAAAAGUCACAUCACCCACAAUGUGUCGAA